UGCACACGUACCUCUAUAAAAAGCACACAAACUAGCUAUUGCAAGAAGUCAUAUACAGUGAGAAAUUAAGAACACAAAACCCUACUGAUAACUUCCUUUCAACCAAGAAAAUAAUUGAAGCAAAGGCUUUCAGUUUCAGUGUGAUGGCAUUGCUAGUUAUUGCUUUUUUUAUUUUGAACUUUGGUUUUGGGAUUGGUAAUUGCCAAUCCCUUAAUGUCAUCAAUUUUGGGGCUGUUGGAGAUGGAAGAACAGAUGAUUUACUGGCUUUUUCAAAAGCUUGGACAGCUCUGUGUGCAGCAACUAAUAAUCCAACCUUGGAAAUCCCUUCCGCCAAAACUUUUUUGCUGAGUUCUAAAAUUGAUUUUUCCGGUCCUUGCAAGUCAAAAUCCAUUCAUAUUAAGGCAAAUAGCACAGUCCUUGGAAACAUUAUUGCACCAAAAAGCAAUACGUGGACAAAAUGUGAUAAUGGUUGCUGGCUAUGCUUCUCAAACGUAGCUGGUCUUACUGUUGAUGGAACAGGCCAAAUAGAUGGCAACGGUGCUGCUUGGUGGAAUAAAACACCAAAUGAGUGUGCACCAGCAGUUAUUUCUUUCGAGAAUUGCAAUAAUCUUAAUUUUCAUGGAAUCACUUCUUUAAAUAGUCCUGGAAAUCACGUAAGCGUGAAUAGGUGCGAGGAAGUGGAUAUAUCACAUAUUCAACUAAUUGCACCCAAAGAUAGUCCCAACACUGAUGGGAUUGACAUCUCCUCAUCCACUGCUCUUCGAAUUUCAGACUGUUUCUUUGGAACCGGAGAUGAUUGCAUAGCUAUCAAUGGCGGUUCCUCUCAUAUAAACAUCACCCGCCUUACAUGUGGACCAGGCCAUGGAAUUAGCGUGGGAAGUCUUGGAAAAAAUGGGAAAAACGAAACAGUGGAAUGGGUGCAAGUGGAGAAUUCUAUCUUCAAUGGAACUCAAAAUGGAGCUAGAAUCAAGACAUGGGUGGGUGGUGCUGGAUUUGCAAGGGAUAUUUCCUUUGUUGGCGUUCAACUCAUAAACGCUGAAAACCCGAUCAUUAUUGACCAACACUAUUGUCCUCACCAAACAUGUCAACCUGAAGCGAAAACAGCAGUAAAGAUAAGCAAUGUGAGAUUUAGUGGAUUCAAAGGGACAUCCGCUACUGAGGUUGCUAUCAAACUGGAUUGCAGUAGUAUAGUUCCUUGCACUGGUAUCACUCUAAGCAACAAUAUGAUAACUUCAUCAACUCCUGGAAAGAAGGUAAAAGCUGAAUGCCAUAAUGCUCAUGUCUCUUCCAACUUAACAACUCCCUCAGUCACUUGCUUAACACCCAAUCACAUAUCAGUUAUUACUCCAAAGCUUAAGGAAAGUACGUACGAGCAGUGAUCCAGAAUGUAUAUUUAUCAGCCUAAUUUAGAUAGAUAAAAAUUACUAUAUACUAUCAUUGAUGGACCUAUUACAUAUAUAUAUUGUCUUUGAUUAAUGGCUUGCAAAAAUUAAGUAUCAUAUGUAUAUACUCUGGAAUCGCAAUAAAUAUAAAGCAGCUUUUGGAUAUUUAAGAAAUUUCUGUAUUUGAAAUAUAUCCAUCUUCUCUGA